UCUUUUACCACCUUUCUUUUUACACUUAAUAGCGCUUUGCUAGUCGUUAAAGCUACAUGAAUAAAAGAAAAUAAUUAGGGUGAACAUCUGCACGGAUUUUUAAUGGCUCCAGGCUUUCACCUCUCAUUUUCCUGUUAUUUCUGCAAAUGACCCCGGUAAAAUGAUACAGGCGCUGUCUGACAAUCUAAUACAACGCACCCUGACGGGUCCCAGCAAGCAGCAGCGCACUUCCUGCAGCGAAGGCACACUAGGGGGACUAGUUGUCUGCGGUGGAAGAGCACUGCUGCUAGCAGGCAGCGGUCCCAUCCCAAAGCCUGCAAUUAAAUCAUACGGGAAAACAAAACAAACCACCGAGCCUAUAUUUUUGUUUGUAGAAACUUUUUUUAUUUUUUUGGCGGAAAGCAUUAUCAGAAACGACUUAUUGAACGAGUUUGGUCUUUUAACUGAACGGCAGUUGGGAUCGCCUCACACAUCAGCCUCCUCGCUUCCCCCGCCGGCGACGACUCGCACGGCUGCCGAAGGGGAGCCCAGCAGGCGCGCACCCCGCACGCCCGGGGGCAUAGCUGACGGCGGCAGCAGCGGCUGGCUCGGCAAAGCUCCGGGUGCCGGCUUCUCCGGCUCACAGCCCAACUUCUACUGCGGCUUCUCUUCUCUUCUCUUCUCUUCUCUUCUCUUCUCUUCUCUUCUCUUCUCUUCUCUUCUCUUCUCUUCUCUUUUUUUUUUUUUUCGUCGAGGCAACUUCAGACUUGCUGACAGGAGCUUACUUUCGCCGAGGUGUUUUUAAUGCAGUUUUUAUAGCUUUCUCUUCUUUUUCAUCUCUAAUGAGCUGUGUCGCGUUUCACAGCGCUAACCACCGCUCCGGCCGCAGCUUUGUUAUUCAGAUCGCCGCUCUCUCACAGAGGGCCCCAGAGCGCUCCCCCACGCCCCAAACCGGACCUAAAAGCGACUCGAGGUGGGCUAGGAAAGGCGAGCUGCGCUUCUUCCCCGUCUCUUUCCACCCCCUCCCCGUCCCUCCCCUCAGCGCACGGCCGCCGCCAGCGCCCGUCCCACCGCGCCGCCGCAUUCCCCUUCGGCCGCUCCCUCCGUGCCGACUACAGCUCCCAGCAGCCUCUGGAAACGCGUGCCCGCCCCGCCCGGCCCUCGUUUGUGCGAGAGGCUCCGGCCGAGUUUCGGGGCAGCCGCCGCUCGGGACACCCGGGGGCGGGCGGAGCGGGGAGGUGCCGGCACCGCUGAGGGGUGGGGGCCGCGAGGAGCGGGACGGAUCCCUGCGGGCCGGAGAAGAGCCGGCCCCGCGGCGGGGUGGGGGGGGGGGGGGCGGUGGCUCCCGCCCCGCCGAAGGAGGCGGCGGAGGGGCCGUUCCCCCCCUCCUCCCGGCGCAGGAGGAGGAGGAAGGCAGCGUCCCGCCAGGCAGCGGGGCCGAGGGGCGGGAGGGUCCCGGGCUGCGGGGCGGUGCCAGCCAGGCGGAGCGACGGCCGCAGCCUGCCCCGGGACGCCGGAGCUCGAGUUGCGGCGGAGGGGCGGCGGCCGCCCCUGUCGGCUCUCCCGAUGCGCGUGUGAGACGGCGGCUGCGGGAGGAGAAGAAGGAGGAGGAAGGGGAGCCUCCCGCCCCGGCCCCGCUCGCCCUCCGCUCCGGCCGCUCGUUGUGCGUGAGACACAGACACACACAGCCCGCGCCCAGCCCUCCUCCCUCCCGCCCCUUCCCUCGCCCCGCAGCCCCAGGAGGCCGGAGCGGGCGCGGUGCUGCCACCGCGUCUCGGGGCUCCCUCGGCCCGGCCCGGCCGCUGCCGCCGGAGGAGGAGAAGGAGGAGGAGGAGGAGGACGAGGCGGGCGGCCCAGCCAUGAGCGGCGGGGAGGUGGUCUGCUCGGGCUGGCUCCGAAAGUCCCCACCGGAGAAGAAGUUGAAGCGCUACGCAUGGAAGAGGAGAUGGUUUGUGCUUCGGAGUGGCCGUUUAACAGGAGAUCCAGAUGUACUGGAAUACUACAAAAAUGACCAUGCCAAGAAGCCUAUCCGUAUUAUUGACUUAAACUUGUGUCAGCAAGUGGAUGCUGGAUUAACAUUCAACAAAAAAGAGUUUGAAAACAGCUAUAUUUUUGACAUCAACACUAUAGACAGAGUUUUCUAUUUGGUGGCAGACAGCGAGGAGGAGAUGAAUAAGUGGGUUCGAUGCAUCUGUGAUAUCUGUGGGUUCAACCCUACAGAUGAGGAUGCUGUGAAGCCCCCAGUCAGUUCUUUACAAGCAUCUGCUGAGUUACCCUUGCCCAUCAACACUUCACCGCCUUCCAUGCAAGCAGAAUCUUCCCUACCUCCUCCUUAUCAGCUUAUUAACAUACCCCCACUGGAGUCUUCCUCUAGUCAAGAAGAUCCUCAGGACUACCUACUGCUCAUAAACUGCCAGAGUAAAAAACCGGAACCUAUGAGAUCUCACGCUGACUCUGCAAAAUCCAGCUCUUCUGAAACAGACUGCAAUGAUAAUGUGCCCUCCCACAAAAACCCUGCUCCAUCCAUGAGCAAGCAAGCUGUGAAUGGCUUUUUUCAGCAGCAAGGUGUCUAUGACUCUCCGCCUUCUCGUACUGGACUACCAUUGGCAGACUCCAGCCUUUAUAACCUGCCUAGGAGUUACUCGCAAGAUGUUUUACCGAAGGCAGCAUCUCCAACAGGGACUGAUGCAGAAGGCGAGCAGCAUGUUUUCAAUACGCCAUCAGCAACAUCGUCAUUAGAUGCACAGAUGAGGCACAUCUCCAUUAGUUACGACAUUCCCCCUACACCUGGAGGUACUUAUCAGAUUCCACGAACUUUUCCAGAAGGAACGUUGUCUCAGACUUCAAAGUUGGAUACUAUUCCAGAUAUUCCUCCACCUCGGCCACCGAAACCUCACCACGCUGCAGAUCGAUCUCCUGUGGAAACAUGUAGCAUUACUCGCACAGCUUCAGAUACUGAUAGUAGCUAUUGUAUCCCUACAGCAGGAAUACCACCCUCACGCAGUAAUACCAUUUCAACUGUAGAUCUGAAUAUCUUUCGUAAAGAAAUUAGUUCUCAAGACUGUUAUGAUAUUCCACGAACGUUUCCGAAUGACAGAUCUAAUUCAUUGGAGGGCUUCCAUAACCACUUUAAAAACAGAAGCAUGUUGACAGUGGGAAGUGUUUCAAGUGAAGAACUAGAUGAAAAUUAUGUCCCAAUGAAUCCCAACUCUCCUCCACGACAGCAUUCCAGCAGCUUCACUGAACCCAUCCAGGAAACAAAUUAUGUUCCAAUGACACCAGGCACGUUUGAUUUUCCGUUAUUUGGAAAGCAAGUCCCUCCUCCCUCUCACAUGGGUUUCAGGUCCAGUCCAAAGACCCCUCCCAGACGGUCAGUGCCUACUGAAAAAUGUGAACCACCGCCAGUGGAUCGGAACCUCAAACCAGACAGAAAAGGUCAAAGUCCUAAAAUUUUAAGACCUAAACCACAUGGUUUAGAGCGAACUGAUUCACAAACCAUAGGUGACUUUACUACAAGAAGAAAGGCAAAACCAGCUCCACUAGAAAUAAAACCUUUGCCUGAAUGGGAAGAAUUACAAGCCCCAGUUAGAUCUCCUAUCACCAGAAGCUUUGCACGAGACUCCUCCAGGUUUCCCAUGUCUCCCAGACCGGAUUCAGUUCAUAGCACAACUUCCAGCAGUGACUCGCACGACAGUGAAGAGAAUUAUGUAUCCAUGAAUCCAAAUCAGUCCACUGAAGACCCAAAUUUGUUCGGUAGCAACAGUCUUGAUGGAGGAAGCAGCCCCAUGGUAAAACCUAAAGGAGAUAAGCAAGUAGAAUAUUUAGAUCUGGACCUAGAUUCAGGAAAAUCUACGCCACCUCGUAAGAAGAAGAGCAGCGGUUCAGGCAGCAGCGUGGCGGAUGAAAGAGUUGAUUAUGUUGUAGUUGACCAGCAGAAAACACUUGCACUGAAGAGCACGCGAGAGGCAUGGACUGAUGGGCGACAGUCUACAGAAUCAGAAACACCCACAAAAAGCGUGAAGUGAAAACACUGCUUGUUCUUCAAAGAACGGAAAGAACAAAGAAAGGAAUGAAUUUUGAAGAUUUGAAGAACCAUUAUGGCUCUGAUGCUUGACUGUACGGUAUUCACUGGUGUGUGAAUAGGUUUUUGAUCAAAUAGGAUGGAAGCCAAAGGACACUUCAUAAGCAUCAAAGGAGUUUAAGAUCAUAAAUUGGCUAUGCGGUCUCUGGAAAAUUUGCAACCUGUAAAUAACGUGUAAAAUAGUACCACUUUGCUUUCAGAAAACCUUUCGUUCUGUAGUUAACACGUUUGUAGUAUUACCAUGUUUAUGCACUUUUUCAGUUACAAUGUUGGUUCAGGUAUUCCCAGUUAGUGUACCUUAAUGCCUAAUUCAUUUGCAGAAUUUUUUUCCUUACACUACUAUUCCUUACGAUUCUAGGUUAAUUAAGCUACAUGUAGAUAUGGAAAUUAAUAUUUGAACUUCAUUUUAACAAGUUAAAAUCGAAUUUUUGCAGAAAUACUUUCACAGUUGAAUAAUCUACUUGAAGUGUCAAGAGGUAACCGUUAGUUACGUACUUGUUUAUAUUUAAUACAUGCAAAAGAUUAUUUGGAAGUCUUCAGGUUACCUUCCUAACAAAAAUUGCUGUGAUUUAAUAAUAAUGAACUAUACUGGGUUUAGACCUACAAUACUGGCUUAUACGUUAGUUGUUAGCGGUGGAACUUCUAUUGUAUUUUAUUAAUGACAGUGUUCUGUGUUUGAUAGGUGAAGAUUCUGCAGGGUGGGAUCUCACACUUUUUAAGACUGAGUAAUUAAAUAUCAAGUAAGCCUGCAAACCACUGAUGGCAUGCAGUAAUAUUGUGAUCUCACACUUAUUAACAAGAAAUAACCUUUAUAUUAUUUACAGAAGGUAGAGUAUAUAAAUCAGGUACGUACCAAGCACUACUGUGCUAAUACACUGAUCAGGUUUAGACAGUGAGCUUUAGUUUUGUACUGUUUAGAAGUUCUAAUGUCAGUUUUCAGCUCGAGAUUAACGGGACAGUUUGACAUUCACUGUUUAUAGUACUAGCAAAAUACUGUGAUUUUGAAUUAGACAUUAAUUCAAAUGGAAAUACUAUGUUUUGACACCGUAGUGCCCUUCUUACAGUCUUUAUUUACUUUAAUCUCCUGCUUGGCCUUAUAUUUAAAUCCCUAUGCAACUGAUAUUUUAUAUCUCUGUUUUAAAAAUUAGAUAAUGUACUUAAAUGAUCCCCUUGUAAACCACUCGUUCCUCUUUCCUGGUACAGGAUUUUAAGCUCUGUAUACUGUGAUCCCUUAUUUUACUAUGACAGUUCCAAAUAAUAAUCUGCCUUGAUUUAGAAACAAUUUUUUUGAUAUAUGGAAGAAAAUAGAGCUGUUUAAAUACAUGAACAGGAUAGAUUUAGAUAGAAAACUUACUAACGCUUUUUUUUCUACACGACUGCCCUCGAGUAAGCUAUUGGUUUUGUUUUCCCACCCCGUUGUCUUAUUUUGUCCACUUAAAAUUUGAGUAUGCAGCUGUUUUGUUUUCUGACACGUUGGCCUUAGUACUGUGCCUAAUCUACCAUUCGUUGGUUCUCUCCCCUCACAACCACAAUCUACCAUACGUAAAUUAUGUUAUUUUUAACGAAGGUUCUUUUAAAAUUAGUAAUAUUUUGAUGCUUUGAAUGUUCAUUAAAAAAAAAAAAAAGCUAAAAAAUGGAUUUUGAGGUGAAUUUUAAAUAAAUCAAGUUGUUCAGUUUCGAUGUGUAGGCUCUGUCCUGUUAAACAGCGAGUGGGUAUUAAUGUGUUUGUAAAAGUGCCUAGAUUCCAACCGCUUAUUUUCUGAAAUUGUGCAUUACGUAGCCGUCAAAACAAACAAAAAAAGUUGAAUUAAUUUUCAAAACAAAUCUCUGUUUUAAAACCCUGCUGCGAGCAACUAAAUUAAUCUGAGUCCCAGCCUCUUGGGAGCUGGGAAAAGUGAUGUGAGCCAAGGGACCUUGAAAGCUUAAUCGGAAGCAUUUCAAAUCCUAAAGGACUCUGGAGGUAAAACUCAACUCUGCUUUGAAGUUGUUAUUACUACAUAAUAAACUGUUCCUCACUGCUGCAAUGGCUGACACACUCCACAGAUACAUUGAAUAUUUGGAACGUUUAAUGUGAAGGUAAUUUUGGUUUAGGAUGCUGGCUUUAAGCAUUUUAUUGGUACGGUCAAUGCAGUGCACUUCCAGCGAGUUGCCUCUAAUUUGCUAACAGAAGUGAUGAGAUAAUCACUGCUCUGGUUUAUCAGCCAUAGUUGUUUUGCUGUUCACUGUUAUGGGAAAGUCAUACUGUGUGGUCCAGCACUUACACGUACAUCCAAGGAGUGACAGGAUCUUAGAAUCCUCUUUCAACCUUGUUUGUUUAGUCUCUCAAAAGGCACUUAAAUUAGGGGAAAGAAUUUUGGAAGGACUGAUAAUUCUUUUCCUAUUCUUAACCCACCCUUCCUUGAAACGUCUACUGGCUCUGUGCGUGUGAUUUAUUUAUUAUUUAAUAACAAUUUGGGUUGUUAUAAUGGAGCACUGACUGACACUUACAUUUAGGUUUCAGUAGUAUUUUUUCAGCUGUCUUGAACAUCUCUGAUAUUGAAGUAUAAAUGCCUCAGAAGAAGUUUUCUAGACUGACAUCUCUUACUGA